UUCAUAUUUUCCACAUUUUUUUUGUUAUGUUCUCUUACUCUACAAUCUCUCUUCAUCUCUCUUCUUCUUCUUCAUAGUAUCCAAUUUUCCCGUCCUCUACCCCAGUUCUCAUUUUCCCCCGGCAAAUCAAUUGCAGAACGCACGGUGAUUACUACUCUCAUUAGGGGGGUUCCUCUGUUUUUUGUUCCAUGGGCUGGUUUUGGGAAGCAAAAGCAACAUGACCAAAUCUCUCAGUUUUCUGCAUAAUCUGAUUAAACCCUUCAGACUCGGUUCUAGUAAAGAAGGAGGCAACGAAGAAGAGUUAGAGAGAAUUGCUGCCCAGGAACAAAAGAUCUUUACCUAUGAAACCUUACUUGCUGCUACAAAAAAUUUUCAUUCUCAUCACAAGCUUGGUGAGGGAGGUUUUGGACCCGUCUACAAGGGGAAGUUGGACGAUGGAAGAGAGAUUGCGGUAAAGAAGUUAUCGCAAAGCUCAAAUCAAGGGAACAAAGAGUUCAUGAAUGAGGCCAAGUUGUUGGCUCGUGUGCAGCACCGGAAUGUGGUGAAUUUGUUGGGUUAUUGUGCCCAUGGCACAGAGAAGCUACUUGUGUAUGAGUAUGUUCCUCAUGAGAGCCUUGACAAACUUCUAUUCAAAUCUCACAGAAAAGAGCAGCUGGAUUGGAAAAGGAGGUUGGACAUAAUCACAGGCAUAGCAAGAGGCUUACUCUAUCUUCAUGAAGACUCGCACAGCUGCAUCAUCCACCGAGACAUCAAGGCCAGUAAUAUCUUGCUCGAUGACAAAUGGAUGCCCAAGAUUGCAGACUUUGGCAUGGCUCGUCUCUUCCCUGAGGAUCAAACUCACGUCAAUACACGGGUGGCUGGCACCAAUGGAUAUAUGGCUCCAGAGUAUGUGAUGCAUGGGCAUUUAUCAGUGAAGGCAGAUGUGUUUAGCUAUGGGGUUUUGGUUCUGGAGCUGAUAAGUGGCCAAAGAAACUCAAUGUUUAGCCCUGAGAUGGAUGCACAUAAUCUCCUUGAUUGGGCAUACAAGCUUUACAAGAAAGGGAGGAGCUUAGAAAUGGUUGACCCUGCAAUAGCAGGUUCAGCAGAAGAUCAAGUAGCAAUGUGCAUACAACUGGGUCUGCUAUGCGUUCAAGGGGAUCCACAUAUCCGGCCAAGCAUGCGGCGCGUGGUGGUGAUGCUGUCAAAGAAGCCGGGCCACAUGGAUGAGCCGACUAGACCAGGAGCGCCUGGUUCCAGAUACAGAAGACCUCGCAGGCGCUCCACAUUUUCUACCGCAGCUGGUACUUCAGGUGCUGACUCUGAUUCUCGGACUUCUGACUCAAGCAGUAACUAUACCACCAUCGCAACAACACCGGGAACAAGCUCCAGCGCUCGGGAAAUUGACCCUCGUGGAAAACGUCCCAUGCAUGAGGCUUAGGCUUACUCUCCCUGGAGAGGGAGAUUGGGGCUAAUGUUGGUUUUGUUAUUCCUUCUUUUCUCUUGUCUGUGAUGUAGAAAUAUAUGAGAUAGAGUGUAAAUAAUGAGAGGGAUUAGCUAUGGAUUGGAGAGGAUUAACUUAAUAACAAUUGAUUCUUUUUUCCUUUUCUUUUUUCAGAUAUGGUUAAAGGAUCUUAAUUCUUUGUGUAAAUAAUGCUGGGAAAUUAAUUGAAUUCUUGUUAUUCAUCUUA